AUGGACAACAUCUGCUCGGCCCUCGACGCCCUCCGCAACCUCUCCCCUCGCCGCCCGGUAUCCUUCCAAGACCCUUUCUCCUUUCUCGGCCUCAACCCGCACGCGAAGCCCUUCAGCCCGCCCGAAUCCUCAGCGCACCCCGGCGCCGUGAACCAUGAAGCGGCCCGUGAGACGGUGAUCCGCGCCGUCUCGCGGAUGAGGAGAUCUGUCUGGCCGCUGCAUUCAGGCGGGGACGCUGGCGCGACCGAGGUCAUGGAGGUGACUUUCCACAUCGGCCACGCGCUUGAGGAUGAUGCCACGCGAACGAGAUAUCUGGUUGAUCUGCAGCCCAUGUUCGACAAGAUGGCGAAGCUUCCCGACGGGAAGUGGCGUGCCGCGAGCGAGUUCUGCGGGAAUUUCUGGCAGCAGAUGGGGUGGUGGUGA